AGGAGGGGGGGGGGGGGCUUGGCCAAUGACACGGACAACGGGUGACAGUAUGUCCCGGUGAAGUGGUAGUCUGCCAACGUUAAUUAGCUUCACUCUAGUUUGGCACUCAUCAAGGCGUUAUAAUUUCGAGUGCCAAUCCCUCCGACCACCGGUGGAUCCGAUGUUUCCUGAACCGUGUGAAUAAUUACUCCAACCCGGUUCUUUAGGACCUAUUUUCGUUUCGUUUCCCACGUUCAGAGAGCAGAAGUCCGUGCCGAGAAUGUUGCCUUUUUCACUGUCCCCUGCAAGCGGGGACUAAGCGCUUCCCGUUCUUAUAUUUGCCAAACCCUGAUCUCUCGACUACUUACUUCAUUUAGUCUCCCCUACGUCGCGCAAAAUUUCAACUUGCCGUCGCCGCCGCCAUGGCUACAGCAGACCCGGAGGCGUUCACCCUCCUCUCCCUGGGGCUAGUCUUCAUCCUCAUUCGAAUCUACGUGCGAUGGACGUCCGUCGGCCCUUCCAAUUUCCAAGUGGAUGAUUACCUGAUGCCAUUGGCUGGGCUGGUAUACACGGCCGAAACUGUAGCAGCGUACCUGGUUGGAGCCAUGUUCGGUGGUCUCACGAAUAGUUAUAUGACUCCCGAGGAGCGCGCUUCGCUUGAUCCGGACUCACAAGAGUAUUACGAUAGGCAAUGGGGCUCGAAGAUUCAGGUAAUCGGAUGGUCAUUCUACGCAUGUAUCUUGUGGCUUGUCAAGUUCUGUGUGGCUGUCUUUUAUUCGCGAUUGACAACUGGACUGCAACACCUACCAGCCCGCGUGCGCUUCGCUUAUAUACUACUUGGGGUAACCUACCUCGCAGUGGCACUGUCUAUCUUGCUCGGAUGCCAGCCGAUGCAUAAGUACUGGCAGAUCAAUCCUGAUCCUGGGAAUCUCUGCCAACCCACUCGAUCAACACUCUAUGUCCUCAUUGUCGUGAUUCCCAAUGUAUUGACCGAUCUCUACCUGAUGUCCAUUCCUCUGCCAUUACUAUGGACAGUGAAUAUCGGUAUCCGAAGAAAGAUCACCUUGAUGGCUUUAUUCAGCGGUGCCGCCUUCGUAAUGAUGGCCGCUAUUAUCCGAGCAGUAACCAUCAUGACAUCCGGACCCGAAGGCGCAGUUUCAGGUAGUAAAUGGGCCUGCCGCGAAACCUUCGUCGCAAUUGUCGUCGCCAACCUCCCCAUCAUCCAACCGCUCAUCCGCCGAGGCGCCCAGAAAGUCGGUCUCAGCGCCCUCUUCAGCUCGAGCGGUGGACCCUCCAGCUACAGCCGACAACGCACCCAAUCAUUCCCCUUACAAAGUCGAACACAGCCAUCAAAACGGUCACGACACCCACUAUCGAUCCCGAAUAAUACCACCGCCUGGGGUAGCGACGAGCAGAUCCUCGUUCAGGGGUCGGACUACUCGAAGAGUAGUAAGGGAGACAAAGCGAAUGAUAUCACGGUCACGCAGGAGAUGAUCAUACAGAGCGAACCGCGUCUUGCUCAUCGCCAUGCGAAUGAGCCGCUUUCUUCGCCGAACGCAUGGGACGAGCAUCGGGCUGUUUGAAUUUUUACCGGGUUAUGGUUAUGGGGUAUUAAAUCACGGCGUGUAUA